AACCAAUCAUGGCUGAUGAGUUGAAUGAAUUCCAAGAGGCUGGAAAUUUUAACGAGGAGGCAUUGAUGAGACUCUCUAACGUCUGCGCCCGACUUCGCCGUAUGCAAAUGCUGGAAUCUGAUGUUGAGAUUACUGUUGUCGAUGGUGAACUCAAGAGAGUUCCUCGUCAAAUGGAGAAAGUCAAGGAUGGUCAAGUGGAGAAUAACGCCGGAGGAUUCGUUUUUCCUGUAUCUGAUGAAACUCAAGUUCGUCGCUUCUUGAUCCUCGGUUCUGACAAAGGAAGCUAUCAUCAGUCGUCUGAAAAGAUCACUAUAGACAACGCUCAAAGAAUCAUCAAAAUUAUUGAGCAGGGUAACGGACAUAUGGUUUUGAAAGAGCUGGCAUUGAUCAAUGCUGAAAACCGUAAUCCAAAGAUGAACGCAAUGAUCUUCACAUUGGCAAUUUGUGCUCGAAUCUCUACUCAUGACACAACGAAGAAAACUGAAUGUCCAAUGCUCAAUGCCUACUCAGAUUAUAUCCGAGCUCUUCAUGAUUCAGCGCUCGAUCUUAUUCCGGAGGUUUGCCGUACACCAACCCAUCUCUUCGAAUUCGUUGAUUAUUGUCAAACAAUCUCUGAAAGUACUAAAGCAGGAGGUGCUAAAUCUUCAACUGGAUGGGGUCGUUCAAUGAGAAACGCCAUCAGCAAAUGGUAUACCACAAAGACAACUGAAAAGUUGGCAAUGUUGCUCACAAAAUACCCACAACGUGAGGGAUGGUCUCAUCGCGAUCUUUUCCGACUUGCUCAUCCCAAUCUUAUGGAUAGCCGUUCUCAUGGCCAAAGCGAAGAUCGUCUUGAAAGAGAGCAAUUGUUCCGAUUUGCGGUCAAGGGAGAUUUAGUGAAAAGAAAGAGAAAGAUGUCUGUCGAGGAAGUUGCUGAAGUUGAGAAGGUCUGGGAUAAGAAAGCGUUGAAGCUUCCGUACACCGAGGAACAAUUAAUUAAGGAAGAACAGAGCAGAGCUCUCAACCUCGUGGAAGCGUACCUCAAGCUCAAAAACGAACAAAGCGAGGAAGUCAUCGUAGCAGCUAUCAAGAAACAUGGACUUGUCCGUGAGCAUCUGCCAACUACAAGUCUCAAUUCAAAACUUGUAUGGGAAACACUUUUCGAUGUUUCAAUGCCAAUGACUGCUAUGAUUAGAAAUCUUGCAAAAAUGACCGUUGUGGGCGCCCUUGAUGAGAAGAGAGUUGACAAUAUCGUGAAACGUCUCACUGAUCAAGAGGAGCUGCGUCGUUCUCGAAUUCAUCCAAUAAAUCUUCUGACUGCCCGUGCUGUCUAUGCUCAAGGUCGUGGUGACAAGGGAAGUCUCACUUGGGAGCCAAAUCAAAAGAUUUGUGACGCCCUUGAAGCUGGCUUCUACAAGGCAUUCGUGAAUGCACCACCAACUGGAAAACGAUACUGCUUGGCUCUCGAUGUUUCUGGUAGCAUGACCUCUCGUGUCAGUUCGUCACCACUCUCAUGCCGUGAAGCUGCUACCGGAAUGUCUUUGAUCAACCUUCACAAUGAAGCCGAAGUUAGAUGUGUCGCCUUCUGUGAUAAGCUCACUGAGCUUCCGUUUACUAAGGAUUGGAAGAUCGGACAAGUUAAUGACUACGUUAACAACCUUGAUUUCGGCAGAACAGAUUGUGGCCUUCCAAUGACUUGGGCAACAGAAAAUAAUCUCAAGUUUGAUGUCUUCAUUAUCUACACCGACAACGAUACCUGGGCUGGAGAGAUUCAUCCAUUCGAAGCCAUCAAAAAGUAUCGUGAAGCUUCUGGUAUUCAUGACGCGAAGGUCAUUGUGAUGGCAAUGCAGGCAUAUGACUACUCGAUUGCCGAUCCAUCUGAUGCUGGUAUGCUCGACAUUACCGGAUUCGAUUCGGCUGUACCACAGAUUGUUCACGAGUUUGUUACUGGAAAGAUCUAAUUUAUAGUACUGAUCUGUUAUUUAUUUCGCAUGUUUCUUUGUUCAUAUUUUGUCAUUCCAUAAUAAAAAUACGAGGAU